UAAACCUGUAUCUCAUAAUUAGAUUCAAGGUGACUUGUGUGUAUACACAACUGGUCGCUUCUUUCUUUUCAAAGUCUGGAGAAAGUAUAGACUAGAGCUCAAGUUUAAAAGUCAGCUGUGGGGAGGCGACGAAAUCCAAAGAGACGGCAAGAAAGUGUUAUAAUUCAGGCAGCAUAGCAGGAGACAGGAUUUCAUGAAGAGAUGUUGAAAAACAGAAAACUAGAGGCGAGAGGACUAUGGGAGAGUAAAAAUGAAUUCCUUCUGGCAGUGGCAGGAAACAUAGUGGGUCUGGGUAAUGUUUGGAGAUUUCCCUACCUCUGCUACAGGAAUGGAGGAGGGGUGUUUUUGGUGCCUUAUUUGGUGCUUGCGGUGACCUGUGGUUUGCCCUUAUUCCUCCUGGAAACUGCUAUGGGGCAGUACACACAAGAGGGAGGCAUCACAUGCUGGAAACAAAUCUGCCCACUGGCUCAGGGUGUUGGCUAUGCAGGUCAGGUGAUUCAACUGUAUGGCUGCAUGUGCUAUAUCAUAAUCCUGGCAUGGGCACUGCUGUACUUGGUCUUAUCUUUCAAAUCUCAACUCCCUUGGGCGACUUGUGACAACGCCUGGAAUACAAACAGCUGCAUUUCUGUUGUAAAUAAUGCCAACUGGACAAGACAGGUCAACUCAACAUCUGCAGCUACUGAGUUUUGGGAGCGAAGAGUGCUUACUAUCUCUAAAGGUAUUGAUGAAGUCGGUGACAUCAACUGGGAGAUUCUCUUGUGUCUAAUUGCAAUGUGGAUUAUAUGCUAUUUCUCUAUAUGGAAAGGAGUCAAGUCUACUGGGAAGGUGGUGUAUUUGACAGCUACAUUGCCCUAUGUGAUGUUACUGAUGUUGCUGAUUCGUGGAUUGACUCUGCCUGGAGCUAUGCAGGGUGUUAUUUUCUACCUGUAUCCAGACUUCCAGCGACUGUUGGACCCUCAGGUAUGGAUGGAGGCAGCCAGUCAAAUUAGCUACUCUUACAGUAUAGGUGUGGGAAUAUUGACUGUGCUUGGCAGCUACAACCAAAACAACAACAACUGCUACAGAGACUGCUUUUGGCUGUGCCUGCUGAACAGUGGUACCAGUUUUGUUGCAGGCUUUGCAGUUUUCUCAGUAUUGGGCUUCAUGUCACAUGUACAAGGUGUUCCUAUAGAAGAUGUGGCAGAGUCAGGUCCUGGCUUAGCUUUUGUAGCUUAUCCUCAGGCAGUGGCUUUGAUGCCUCUGCCUCAGCUGUGGGCUGUGUGCUUUUUCAUAAUGAUAAUUCUACUUGGUCUGGACACACAGUUUCUUGCGAUGGAGGUGGUCAUUACUUCAGUGACGGACGUGUUUCCGAAAGUGCUGCGUAGAACUGGAUGCCGAGAGAUCUUCCUGCUUCUUUUCUGUAUUGUCUGCUUCUUCAGUCAGUUGAUCAUGGUCACAGAGGGUGGUAUGUACGUGUUUCAGCUGUUUGACUACUACGCCUGUAAUGGAGCCUGCAUCUUCUUCCUUUCUGUGUUUCAGUGUCUAGCAGUGGGCUGGGCCUUUGGAGCUGAACGAAUGUGUGAUGUCAUUGAAGACAUGACAGGGUCAUACCCCAAUGUCAUUUUUAGGCUGUGCUGGAAAUACAUUACUCCAUUUCUUUUGCUGGUAUCUUUCAUAUAUUCUUUGGUGGAGUAUCAGCCUCUGACAUAUAAUCGCUGGUAUGUGUACCCAGCCUGGGCAUAUGGGCUGGGCUGGCUGAUGGUUCUGUCCUCCAUCCUUGUGGUUCCUGCGUAUGCAUUGUUUUGCUUAUUGAAAGCUAAAGGAUGCCUUAAACAGCGCUGGUGCCAACUGUGCAGUCCUGAGACCAACGUGCCUUUGACCCAGAAGCAGAGAGCAAAAAUACAUUUAAUAACAUCAGCUGUUUGACAAAUCCAGCAGCCAUGAAGACUGUACACUACAUAAUAUAUACUAUUUACAUUACAGAAUAAAUUGUGCCACUGUUUUUCAUAUACAAGUGGAAGAAAUGAGGUGUUCUAAUUUUAUAAACGGAUGACUAUUACUCUGAAUGAUCAGAAAUCAAAAUGCAUUACCAGUAAGUUAGAGUAUUUUUUUAAUAAUGUUAAAAAAGAUUAUUAUUAUUAUUUUAAUCUUAAAGAGUAGAAAUUACAAACAUGGCAUACAUUUAGCUGAAUCUGAAUACAGUGACAAGCAAAAAGGCUCCUAAAUGUGUAACAUCAGUUUGUAUUCAGAAAAUAGAUAUUAUUUUUGUCCUAGAAAGUGUUCACAUUUUGGUAACAAUAUCGAUCAUUAUAUUAUCGUGUGUACGUGUGUGUCUGAUUUAUCAAAAUCAUUAGUUGCAGCCUUAAAUGAUACAGAUAUACUGGAUAUAUGUAUAUAUCUUCCUUGAAAAAAAAUUGUCCGAUUCAUGCAUUUCACAGUGUUGUUAAAACAAUGGGAUUUGGAUUGCUGGAAACUAGAAAUAUUUCUUCCAUUACAGAAACUUUGAUGUCUGCAAAAAGGUGCUGAAACAACAUACUGAAUCUUUUCUACCUUACAUUAGUUCAUUACACAUAACUGAAACUACUUUUAACCUUAGUCUUUGUGUGAUUAUUGGCAAGGGUUUUAUAUUUUUGUCUAAAAAGCUAUGCACCACAGAUAUCAUCCUAAAAUUAAAGCGCUACUUAUUUUAAUCAUCACUGAAUUAAUCUUGCAGCAGUCUCACUAUUAGAACCUGUUUUUUAUAACAACUCCAGAAAAAUAAAAAAGCUACCAACUAUUUUUUACAUAUAUAGUGCGUUUGUCACAAAAAUGUUUUAUGUAAUAUUCCUAAAACUAUUUGAAUUUGGCAAACUCUCUAAUUUAGUAAUACUUCAAAUUGCUAAUUUAAUAAAAUCUAAAAAAGAUUAUUCUGGAUGAACCCCCAAGUUGUCACAGGCCAACUCAAGGAAGAAAAUUAACCAUUUAUGUAACAAAAUAGCAUUACACAGAUUUGUUGGGAAAAAAAAAAAACACAAAGUGAAUUCAUUUUAAUAUAAAAUCUGAUUGUAAACUGGAUUUAUUUUUACUUUUAUCACAGUUUUAGCUGCGUCAAAGAUUAGUAACAAAACUGACUUUGAUGCAUUGUUACUUUUUUGCAGCAUCAGCUUUAAUUUUUUUCUCCCACAUUUAUUGUGUGUGGCUGUUUUUUCUUUAUUGACUGUAAUUAAAAUCACAUUUUUGAAAGUUAGUAGUGCCCCA